UAUUCUCUCACAUUGAUUUUACAAGUUGUUUUUAUAAAUAUGUAUUUUCGUUAGUGUGUUGAACCAGCGGAAUUCCGCUCAUACGCAAACAAUUGAGACAGUUAAUGUGUAAUAUGCCAUGUUCCUAUUAGACAUCAAUGGCCGUAUUGCUGUUUUGUCGUGCUUCAAUAAUAUGUGUUUUGUCGUGUCUGGACAUUAGAUUGUAAUGUUUCAAUCAAAUAAUGUGAUCAUGCAUAACGUUAUUUGCCGAAAGUGGUUGCUGCUGCUGUUAUUCGUGGUUUAUCGCAAGCUGGACCCUGUAGAAGGCUUAAAAUGUUACUGCGACACAGCGGGCCCCAGCUGCCAGAACGAGACCUGCGAGACCGACGGCUUCUGCUUCGCCUCCACGACGCUCAAGGACGGCCUCGAGAAAUACGAAUACCGCUGUAUGGACCGUAAAGCACUGAUACCGCCGGAGCACCCCUUCGGUUGCUCCACGACGAAGGCUAAAAAUGAGUCCGUGGUGAUACAGUGUUGUGACAGUCGUGACAUGUGCAAUCGCGAUAUGCGUCCGCAGCUGCAGCCGAAGCCGCCAGACACGACGCCUACCGCGGCGGCAUGGCAAGUGGUGCCCUGGAUCAUUGGCCUAAUGGUACUGGGCAUUUGCGCCGCCAUAAGCUUUUGGUGGGCCAAGAGGUCCCGAAAGAUGCUCAAGAGAGGCCUGGGCUCCAGGCCUCUGUUCCCUGCCGAGGACUCGCUGUGUGAGCCGAGACAUCCGAUACUGGGGGGAACGGCUACUAUCAGGGAUAUGAUCGAGUUGACGACCUCUGGCUCUGGAUCAGGUCUCCCCCUACUGGUCCAACGGUCCAUCGCCCGCCAGAUCCAGCUGGUGGACAUCAUCGGCAAGGGCCGCUUCGGCGAGGUGUGGCGCGGCCGCUGGCGGGGCGAAAACGUCGCCGUCAAGAUAUUCUCCUCCCGCGAGGAGUGCUCCUGGUUCCGCGAGGCCGAGAUAUACCAGACCGUCAUGUUGCGCCAUGAGAACAUACUCGGCUUCAUCGCAGCUGAUAAUAAGGACAACGGCACAUGGACGCAGCUGUGGCUGAUCACCGACUACCACGAAAACGGGUCGCUGUUCGACUUCCUCACAGCGCGUACCAUCGACUCGACAACGCUCGUCAAAAUGGCGCUCAGCGUCGCCACCGGCCUGGCGCACCUGCACAUGGACAUCGUGGGCACUAAAGGCAAGCCAGCGAUCGCCCACCGUGAUCUCAAAUCGAAGAACAUUCUCGUGAAGAGCAACCUCACCUGCGUGAUCGGUGACCUCGGGCUGGCGGUGCGGCACAACGUGGCCAGCGAUUCUGUGGACGUGCCCUCGACUAACCGCGUCGGCACCAAGCGAUACAUGGCGCCGGAGGUGCUAGACGAGACGAUGGACACGCGUCAAUUCGACCCGUACAAGCGCUCGGACGUGUACUCGUUCGGACUCGUCGUAUGGGAGAUGGCGCGGCGCUGCGGCGCGCUGCCUGACGAGUACCAGCCGCCGUACCACGACUGCGUGCCGCCCGACCCGGCUCUAGAAGACAUGAGGAGGGUCGUGUGUCUGGAGCGCAGGCGGCCCAGCGUGCCCAACCGGUGGCAUUCGGACCCGGUCCUCUCCUCGAUCUCGAAGGUGAUGAAGGAGUGCUGGUACCAGAACCCGGCGGCGCGGCUCACGGCGCUGCGCAUCAAGAAGACCCUCGCCAACAUCGGCGCGGGAGACCUCGGCAAGAUGUAGACCGAACGAACGCCGAUUGGACGGCCGUUGGUCAGGUCUGUUACUCUAUAACCACCACGCUAUCACGCAAAAAUAUACCUUAGCAGGUUGUCAAUAUGGACGAUUUCUAAAUGCAUUUGAUUGACAACCGACGUAACUUUUUGCGGAGGAUGACUUA